UUGCUGUAGAGUAGAAAACUGACAAAACGCUGUAAAACAACCAUAGUGGAAAAAAUAAAAAUCAUUUAAAAUGAAAAAAAGAAUACAUGUGAAUCCAUGUUAAAAACAAAACACCUUCCACAGUGCCUGAAACACAGUGGCUAUUCCAUAACGUUAGUUUCUUUAUAUCUCAUGAACAUAGGUAUUGGUCUUUGUUUGUACACCAUCUAAUAACUUUGUGUUUACUAUCUUUUUACAAACAAACUGAAAAGAAAGGAAGUCUUCUGGAUAACUGGAUCCUUCACCUGGAAGACAGAAGAAUAUGCUCUAGAAUUCUAAGACUCUAUGACCCAAUGACCGUGAUUCUGUCGGUUCUAGUACUAAGUAAUUGCGAAGGGCUCAUUGCUAAGGACUCCACGUGAGUCUGAUGGAAGACCAUGGUUUUGGCUGCAAUGUUUACUCACUCAUUCUUUUAACAGAGUUUUGCCCCUGAAUCAUGGAGUCAUCAGAGGAGGAGGUCAAAAGAUCGACCCAAGUCAUCACUAUACAGCCAAAUGAAACUGUAUUGACUGCGUUUCCCUAUGGACCUCAUACCUCUCUGCUGGAUGUCCUGAAGGGAGAGCCAAGAGUCUUGGGGGUGAUCCAGAUCCUGCUUGCCCUGAUCAUAGCCGGCAUUGGAGCUAUAUUUGCAUUUAAUUACUUGAAUUUCGCCCAAAGAUUUCCCCUCGUUUUCUUCAUAGGGUACCCGUUCUGGGGAGCCUUUACUUUCAUUAUAGCAGGAUACUUCACAGGAAGCAACGGUGAUAGAAAAUGCCUGGGACAAGGUGUCACAAGCAUGAAUGCUAUCAGUUCCUUGGUUGCAGCAGCUGGGAUUCUUUUCACCAUUAUCAGCUACAGAUACCAACACAAGUACUGCCAGGCGCCUUCCCUCGAAGGAACAUGUGCUAUAAGUAGAGUCCUUUACAGUGGAAUUUUGUCAGUCUUACUGAUCAUCAGCAUUGUGGAGCUCAGCAUCUCUGUGACUGUCGUCUCCUUUAGAAGCAACUGCUUGACAAGGUCAGAUGAGAUUGUGUUUUUCUUGCCUUCGGAUAUUGCUCAAGAUAGGGAACUAUCUGCUACAGAAGAAAAUGCUAUAAUACAAUUUGAGGUUCAAGAAGAGUCUACAAGUGAUGUUUCAACAACAAACAUACAACCUGUUUUCUUUGGAGGCUAUAUUUUCUUCAAGUUAAGAGUCACAAAAAAUAGUUUAGCCUUCCAACAUGCAGGAAGGAGAGGCAGCAUUAGUUAUUGCACAGCUUCUCUAUCCGAGUCAGGUGAACAACAGAAAUACCUCCUUGAACCUUUAAGCCUUUAUGACAGAGAACCAGAGUCGAAAACUUUGCCUCCAGUUUUUGAGAAAAAGUCCUCAGAAAUUACUACGGACACGGAACAACUAAGUGAUGAAGACCUGCAAGCUGUUACUGCACAAUUUACAAGAAAGAAAAUCCAACUGCAGCAGGAUAAACCCUUGCCAACCAAAGUUUCUCCAUCUUAUCCUGUAAAAAUAAUCCCAUAUUUACCACCCCAAGCCUUGCCAUCCCAAGCUUUGCCAGAACAAGCCCUGCUAUCUGAAACCCCAACAUCUCAUGUCACAAAGUCUAAUGUACUGAAAUCCAAAGACACACCAUCCCAACACAUACCAUCCAAAAAUACACAAUCCCAAGCCACUACAGAUAAAUACUUACCAUCCCUAGACAUGCACUCCCAAGAUACCUCUUUCCAAAGGCAAGUGCUGCCGUUAAAAGCCCUACCAUUUGAAGCCCCCAAAUUACUUGAUGUGCACUCCUCUAAUACGCAACACCUAGAUCAACAAUCUCUAGAUCUUAAACUACAAAAUAUCCAAUCUCAAGAGCAUAAAUCUAUGCAUUUAUUAUAUCAAGACAUUCAAUCAGAAGUCAAGUUACUGACGGAAGAAUGGAAAUCUGAGGUGGAACUCUAUAGCAAGAGAUCAUCAAAGCAACAUUUUCAAUAUCAAGAAAGCAAAGGUAGGCAAUCUCUAAAACAGAAAUCCCUUGACUUGCAAAUUCAAGACCAACAAGCCCCAAGGAGGAAAUCUCUGGACAAGCACAUCAAAGACAGGCUCUCCCCACACAGUCACUACGUAGAUAAGCAAGUCCAAACCUCACCACAAUUCCCAUAUCAGCAAACCGAAGACCUGCAGGCCCAAGAGGAGAAACCCCCACAGCAGGUAUCCCAAGAUUUGCAAUUUCAAAUCCAGAAAUACCACGACUGGCAAUCUCCAGACUGGAAAAUCCAAAACUGGCAAACUUCAGGCCAACAAUCCCAAAACUGGAGAACUCAAGACUGGAAAAACAAAGAAUGGAAAACACAAGAAUGGCAAUUUGAAAUGCAGCAUUCCCAAAACUGGGAAUCCCAAGCCUGGCAAACCCGAGAUCAACUAGUAAAAGAGUCCCGAAACCAGAGAGCUCUAUUCCAAGAAACUCAAACUGUCCAUGCCGUAAUUCCACCUCAUCUAGAUGAACAAUCACAAGACAUUCCACAUCAAGACAGUCAGUAUCAAGAUAAAGACCAACUAGACCUUCAAUCUACAGGAAUCCAAAAAGAAGAUCUGGAAAAAGAUGCUAUGCAAAUAAGAGACGUCAAACCUGAAGACACGAGUUGUGGAAGCCAAAGCCCGAGUGACCUGCAAUCACAAGAUACGAAGCCAGAUCUUAAAUGUCCCUCCUACCAAAGAUUAAUACAAGACCUUCAGUCCACAGGAAUCCAAAAAGAUGAUCUGAAAACAGACGCUAUGCACACAGGAGACAUCAACCCUCAGGACAUGAACUUUGGAAGCCAAGCCCCAAGUGACCUGCAAUCAGAAGACAAGAAACCACAUGCUAAAUGUUCCUCCAACCAAAGCUCAGUACAAGAGCCUCAAUCUAUGGGAAUCCAAAAAGAAAACAGGGAAACAGAAGCUAAGCAAACAGGAGACAAGAACCCUGAGGGCAUGAGUUGUGGAAGUCAAACCCCAAGUGACAUUCAAUCAGGAGACAUGAAACCAGAUUUUAAAUGUUCCUCUUAUCAAAGCUCAGUACAAGACGCAUAUUUCACCUAUAUGUCCAAUAUAUAUUCAGAACAAGAUGUGCAACAAAACACUUCAACUUGCUCAACUGCAUACAAAGAUGUAACUUCUACCACCUAUGAUCCAAAAGAAAGACAGCAAUCUGAAGACUGACCAAUGUGCAGAAUCUACCUAAAUACUGCACUACUCCCAGUUAUGGAACCAAAUUAGGGAAAAACAAUAUAGUCUCCUCCAAUCUA